CUUCCAUCUUCGGCGUUGGUUGGCUAAUGGCUGGCUCUCUUGGGGAAACUCUUUCCCCUUGACUGUCGAGCUCUGGCAAUGGCGGAAGAGUCUUAGUUGUCCCAUUUGUUCAUCUCUCAUUUUACUGAACUCUCUGUAACCAUGCGCUCCAAGGAUAAAAUCGCAUAUUUUUACGAUGGUAUGGUGCUUUCUUCCUUGCUCUUUCUUUCCCAUUGCUUUCUGCUACGGAUUGGUGAUGAUUCAAGCUACAGGCGCGAAAUACUGAAGGGAUAGGAACUCAUUCCGGCAGCUUCGUUGUUAGCGUGCCACGGGCUAGGUUGGGAAGCAUUGGUUUUGCUAGUAGGAGAGUCAUUACGGAUUGGGGAGACUGGUUCUGAAUUGGUUGAUCAAGAGUUGUGCAAAUUUUGCAGUUUUUGUUGAGGUAUUACUGUAUUGGUCUUGUUUUCUUUCUCUGGAUGAAUUCUGAUCUUUUGUUAUCAACGUUGCAGGGGAUGUGGGUAGUGUUUACUUUGGACCAAACCAUCCAAUGAAACCACACAGGCUGUGUAUGACCCACCACCUUGUUCUUUCUUAUGACCUUCACAAGAAGUGGAGAUAUAUGUUAGUCUUUAGUAUGUGCUGUAUAUGAUUUCUAUUUUUUACGUCUAACUACAGUAAUGAAAUUUUUGGGUUUCUCUUGUUAUGUAUUGUCUGGUGCAGCGGCCUCACAAGGCAUACCCCAGUGAGCUGGCUCAGUUCCACUCCGAGGAUUGUUGAAUUCCUACAUCGAAUUAGACCUGAUACACAGAACUCGUUCAGAACUGAAUUAGCUAGAUGUAUGUCUCAUUCCCCCGAAUGAUUGUACUCGUUUACAUGUUUUUCGUGAAUAUUUUUUGUUACGUCAUUGUGCUACAUGCUAAAAGUGUGGGGGGUUAUUGAUUGUGAUUGAUAUUGGAAACAGAAAAUACCUUACUUUGGUUUAAGUUUUUGAGAGACUGCAAUUCAUAAUAGCUAAUCUGAUUAAUUAAGGUUUCUAUUCUCAUUUCAUAUGUCCAGUUAUACCAUUGAGAGCUUUCUUUGACAAUUAUACUCACCCUUUAAUGAUUUUUGCUUUAUGCCUUCUUUUUUCCGGUUAAUCUUGGAGAAUAUUGUCCUGUUUUCGUAAAUCUGUUUGAAUUUUGUCAAAUUUAUGCUGGAGGAACUGCGUCCUCUACACUUUUAACAGAUGCAGCCCGCAGAUUGAACAACCAACUAUGUGAUGUUGCUAUCAAUUGGGCUGGUGGAUUACAUCAUGCCAAAAAAUGUGAGGCGUCUGGAUUUUGUUACAUCAACGACUUGGUACUGGGGAUCUUAGAGCUUCUUAAACAUCAUGCUCGGGUUCUGUACAUAGACAUAGAUGUUCAUCACGGAGAUGGUGUAGAGGAGGCCUUUUAUUUCACUGACAGGUAAGCCAGCUUCAUUUUUUACGGAUAUUGUAAAAUUAAUGUUUCCUUUGUUUUCUAUAAAGUACUUUUUUCAGAUCAAAAGUAAGAUGCACCACUUGCUCAGUAGUCUCGUGGGAGUUGAUACUUUUUCCUCCUUUUCUUGGUUUUCCGGAUGUACUGUUUUGUCAGAAUUAUAUCUCUCUAUCCUGAUCAAUCUAUCAGCAUUCACUUGCUUGUCCGAGGUCUUGCCUCAUUAGCAAAGACAUGUAUAUGUAGCAUCUGAACAAAGCUUGGGAUAGUAAGGCUUCUAAAGGUUAAUGAUUCAAGAAAUGUACUGAUUGGCAUUUGUCUUCCUAGAUUCUGUAUUCCUUGCUUUAUUGAUGUCGCAAAUCCAUUUAACCAUUCAGCGAUCUCACUAUCUCAGUAGCCCAGAUAAGCCUGUCACAGCACAUGAUAGAGAUAUACUUAUUUUGGAACUUUGCUUUCAGCUUUAUUACUGAACUUCAGCCAAAAGCUAGUUAUUUGCAUCGACUCUGAUUUAGUGGGAAACAUGGUACUGGCAGGGUGAUGACGGUGAGUUUUCACAAGUUUGGUGAUUUGUUCUUCCCUGGAACUGGUGAUGUUAAGGUGAUUACUCUGUCCUUUCUAGUUAUUUACCCUCUCUUUUCGCCAAUUUUGCUGAAGUAUUUCCUCGUAAAGAUGCUUUUUUAUGGAAGGUCUCAACUUUUGAAAUGCAAGUUCAAAAUAUGAAGCGGUUAUGCCUAUUCUAUAAGAAGUUAAAAAGGCACUUUCUCUUCUUGUGUUAAUUGUAAUCAGCAAUACGAAUUUAAGCGCAUGAUUCAACCUACUCUUUCAUAUUAGGAUAUGUAAGCAGUUGUGCUAAAAAGAGUUGCCAUAGAUACUUUGGAAUGUAGCUGUAUUGGACCCAAUAUGAUUAUUGUAUUUACUUCUCUUGAUCAAGCUUGAAGUGCGACGAAUAUUAACAUUUGCUCUAUUGAAGGAAAUAGGAGAAAAAGAAGGUAAGUUCUAUGCCAUAAACGUCCCACUCAAAGAUGGAAUAGAUGACACAAGCUUCACCCGUCUCUUUAAAACUGUAAGUUACUGUUUAAGCUACCCAUUCCAAGACUUAUUCUUGCUUGCUUCCUCGCUUCGAUGACAAACGUGUGUGCCUGAUUGUCACUUUGCUAGAUAAUAUCGAAGGUCAUAGAAAUCUAUCAACCAAGCUCUAUAGUUCUUCAAUGUGGAGCAGAUUCGUUAGCUGGGGACCGUUUGGGCUGUUUCAAUCUCUCUAUUGAUGGUAAAUUUCUCUCCUUAUGGAUUUAUCUAUCCCUUUGCAUAAUAGCAAACAUGCAAGCAUGAAUAGUUCUUUCUGGGCUUAUUAUCCCUGCUUAAUUGAACAAUUUAUCACUUUUAAGGCUUAGACUGAUGCUGAAAGCUACUGGUAUGGUAUCAUGAUAUGCAUUGCAGGUCAUGCUGAAUGUGUUUAGUUUGUGAAGAAAUUUAACCUUCCCUUACUGGUAUGUUAUUAUAACAAUAGGAUGGACUCCAUGCAUUGCUGCUAUUUAAUAUGAAAAUAACUUACCUUCUGGACCCAUGUCAUGUUCAUGCAGGUUACUGGAGGUGGAGGAUAUACAAAGGAGAAUGUAGCUCGAUGUUGGACAGUUGAAACAGGGGUUCUGUUGGAUACGGAACUACCCAAUAAGAUUCCUGAAAAUGAGUACUUGGAAUAUUUUGCCCCUGACUAUUCGCUGAAGAUUCCAAGUAGACUCAUAGAGAAUUUUAAUAGCAAGUCUUAUCUUAGCACCAUCAAAGUGCAAGUAAUGGAGAAUAUGCGGCACAUACAACAUGCACCAAGUGUGCAGAUGCAAGAGGUACCACCCGACUUCCACAUCCCCGACUUCGAUGAAGAUGAACAGAACCCAGAUGAAAGAAUGGAUCAGCAUGCACAAGACAAGCAAAUCCAGAGGGAUGAUGAGUGCUACAAUGGGGACAAUGACAACGAUCACCCGGCUGGAUCAUGAAGUGCAUUCGGAUGGGAUUCAAUUGACUGUAGCUGUUAGUUCAGAAGAUUACUACUCCCUGCCUUGAUCUAGGGGUUGACUGAACUCAUCAAACUUGAACUGUGAAUCUCUUGUAUUUAGCAUACCACAUCAUAGAGAAUUAGAGAUUGCUUUUCUAACUACUUGGGUAUUUCUGUGAAAUAGAAGAUUAGUGAAUGAUUUUGUGUUAGUCCAGCUGGUCUAGCUAUUCAUGAUCUAAAAAAAUACAGAUGGCACC